CUCUGGGUUUAGACGUCUUCGAGUUUUUCAUGCCACGACAGACAAGACCCUCAGGCUUCCUGCCGUUGCGCUAUGAGUUAAUGUAUUUCACACGCCCCGUUUGGUGGAGAAUUGAGCGAUGAGUGAGUCGGCAUCGAAGCGGCAGAGGCAGACGGCGGAGGGAGAGGAGGAUGACUCGAAUGACAGAGACCACGAGGCCGUGAUGGACACCGACGGCCAGCAGCAGCAGCAGCAGCAGCAGCAGGCCACGGCAUCGCACGCCACACACACCAUAGAUUUGGAGGCCUUUGCUCAUCGCUUCAGCCAAAUCGUAAGAUGCACCGAAGGAAACACAGGCAGACAUCCUCAUUGUCUCCUCUCUCUGUGUCUGUGUGGUGUGUGUUGUCCACUCAGCCUGUCGUCGUCGGCUACGUCUUCUCGUUCGUAUCGCUUCACUUGGUGGCGGCGCUGCCCCAGCGGCUGUGGCGCCACGUCGGCUGCCAGAUCACCCAGCUGGUCAUGGACACCUACGACACGGCCGAGCGGCGCUUCUGGUGCGGCCUCUCAUUCAGUGACGCCUUCGAGUGGGGCCGGCGGCUCACACGGCUCAGGUCCAUCGUCGCCAAGUACCCGAAGAACCUCAACAUCCUAAGAGAAACCCGAAGUGGGCACGUUUAUCAUCACGUUCACUCUCUGUCGCCGGUGAUCGGGAAGUUCGUCACGGCAUUGGUGGAGGGCCACAGUGAGGGGCGGAGAGGCGCAUUGGCCACAGCAACCGGGCAGCAGGCGCCAACCACCUUGGAGUCCAUCGACAUAAGCGAGGGAUCGAUCAUAUCCGCCGACGAGGCCGAGGGCCGCGAGAUCAAAGCGGCCGACCAGCGGUUGGUGGCUCUCUCCCCGCCCCUCGACCCGCCCCCGGCCCUCACAUCCAUCAGCUCCAUUAUCAUCCCGGGAUAUGGGCCUUCCUGUCCCGGCCGCGGGCGCCAGUGGCAGCUGUCGUCGCUUGAGACAGUCCAGGUGCGGGGGACGGUGUAUCCGGAGAUGUUGGGGGGGCUGGUGGCCACGUCGCGACGCCUCAAGGAGCUGCACGUGGAAUGCACUCUUAACACCAUGGCAGGGUCGCUGGCGCAGAUCCCUGUGGCAGCCGCGGGCCAGCCGGGCCCCCUGUCACAGCUGGAGGACAUCGGAACCCUCAGUGUGAGCACGAGCGCUGAGGGUCUGGAGCCCCUUCAGGUAUGCGACGAACGAAACAAGAUUCACAAAAUCAGAGAGAGUUGGCGAGAGCUUGCUUGUGAAUUGCGUGUGUCUUUGUGCAGGCUGUCCUUGUCGAUCGUGGCUGCCGCUCCAUCAAGAAGCUCAGCGUCAAGAUCGAGGAAACCCACAUCGACAGCGGCAUCUUCGCGACCCUCGUGGCCAUCGAGGCCUUCGCCCGUGCCGUGUGUGUACGGCGUGACAUCCCCGUCGACAUCAAGACUGGGGCAAUAUAUUGGACCAGGGCCUGCUUCUUUGACCUGUCGCUCCUCUGUGACACUCCCACGAGCCCCGCCUCCUCAUUCUUCGUGCAAAGGCACAUCCAGCAGCUGGCCGCCGCAUUAGAGGCAGCCCUCUUCACCAUCCGCCCCCACCAUCUCACCACCCCUCUCGACACGCCCAGCCCCGCUGCCAUCGCCCUCGCACAAUGCCUGACAUUCCCCAACGUGAAGGAUGUGGGAAUGGAGACAUCACACAACUGGGAGCCUGACGAUGAUGCCGACCAGCCCGACCCACUUGUGCUCGACAGCAUACCCGACAAUGCAUUCCCGGCCGCAUCGCGUCUCCGGUGCCACAGCCGUAAGGGGCUCGCGAUUGGCCGCAGGCUGCUGACCAAGAUGCCGGCGGCCAAACGCAUUGACCUGCGGAACCCGACAGAGGAGCAAGCGGUGGGGAUGCUGCAGGCGGUGGGCGGGGGGAAGUCGUUGGGGUAUUUCAAUGCCGAUUGGGUGACGGAUGUGGGCGAGGGGGGGCUGACGUGGGGCGACAUGGCGGACCAGCUGCCGACCAUCACACGGCUGUUUAUUACCAUAGAAGGUGAGCAGCAACCAAUCGGCAGCUCUCGCACGCCAGCCCAUUGGACGUUAUGUAUGCCUUCUUGUGUGUGCAGUGCCUGAGGAUGUGGGUGACGGCGAUGCCGCCGGUGAGUUCGGCAUUGCGUGCGUCAAGUCGCUGCUCAAGAUCCGCGGCAUCAAGGAGCUUCUGUUCGAGCUGCGGCGAGGUGGAGGGCAGCACUUCAGGCGGCUGGUGGAGGAACGGACACAUGGCGAUACCAUUGAAGGGCUGGAGGGGCGGUACGACAUCGGCUGGGGGGGAUAUAUGCUCAUUCUCCAACAACUGGACACCUGACUCAUCCGUGGCUGCUGUGGGGGAGACUAACUUAAGCUGCAUGUUUCAUGAGUGUCUGCGUGCUGGACUUGUAAAGACACACACGAGAAUCAAAGAG